GCCCCCCGAGGCCCCCGCCUCCUGGGCCCAGGUGCGCAACGCCACGGCCUUCGCCCCCGUCUGCCCCCAGAACCUGCACGGGAUGCUGCCCGGCAUCAUGCUGCCCGUCUGGUUCACCGACAACCUGGAGGGGGUGGCCGGCUACGUGCAGAACCAGAGCGAGGACUGUCUGUACCUCAACCUCUACGUGCCGGUGGAGGACGGUCCACUCACAAAAAAACGCGACGAAGCCACCGGAAACCGUCCCUCCGGAGACGAAGAUAUCCGGGACAGCGGGAAGAAGCCGGUGAUGCUCUUCCUGCACGGUGGCUCCUACAUGGAGGGGACGGGGAACAUGUUCGACGCCAGCGUCCUGGCCGCCUACGGCAACGUCAUCGUCGUCACCAUGAACUACCGCCUGGGGGUGCUGGGAUUCCUGAGCACCGGGGACCAGUCGGCCAAGGGGAACUACGGGCUUUUGGACCAGAUCCAGGCCCUGCGGUGGCUCAACGAGAACAUCGGGCACUUUGGGGGGGACCCCGAACGCAUCACCAUCUUCGGGUCCGGCGCCGGAGCCUCCUGCGUCAACCUCCUCAUCCUGUCCCACCACUCGGAAGGUCUCUUUCAAAAGGCCAUCGCUCAGAGCGGCACGGCCAUCUCCAGUUGGUCUGUCAACUACCAGCCCCUGAAAUACACCCGCAUGCUGGCCUCCAAGGUGGGCUGUGACCACCUGGACACCAGCGAGACGGUGGAUUGCCUGCGCCGGAAGCCGUACCGGGAGCUGGUCGACCAGGACAUCCAGCCGGCCCGGUACCACAUCGCCUUUGGGCCGGUGGUGGACGGGGACGUGGUGCCGGACGACCCGGAGAUCCUCAUGCAGCAAGGGGAGUUUCUCAACUACGACAUCCUGAUCGGGGUGAACCAGGGCGAGGGGCUGAAGUUCGUGGAGGACUCGAUGGAGAACGAAGACGGGAUUUCGGCCAGUUACUUCGACUUCACCAUCUCCAACUUCGUGGACAACCUCUACGGCUACCCGGAGGGGAAAGACAUCCUGCGGGAGACCAUCAAGUUCAUGUACACGGACUGGGCCGACCGGGACAACGGGGAGAUGCGGCGGAAGACCCUGCUGGCGCUCUUCACCGACCACCAGUGGGUGGCGCCGGCGGUGGCCACGGCCAAGCUCCACGCCGAGUACCAGUCGCCCGUCUACUUCUACACCUUCUACCACCACUGCCAGACCGACACCCGGCCCGAGUGGGCCGACGCCGCCCACGGGGACGAAAUCCCCUACGUCUUCGGGGUGCCCAUGAUCGGCGCCACCGACCUCUUCCCCUGCAACUUCUCCAAGAACGACGUCAUGCUGAGCGCCGUGGUCAUGACCUACUGGACCAACUUCGCCAAGACGGGGGACCCCAACCAGCCGGUGCCCCAGGACACCAAGUUCAUCCACACCAAGCCCAACCGCUUCGAGGAGGUGGUGUGGACCAAGUUCAACACCAAGGACAAGCAGUACCUGCACAUCGGCCUCAAGCCCCGCGUCCGGGACAACUACCGGGCCAACAAGGUGGCUUUCUGGCUGGAGCUGGUGCCUCACCUCCACCACCUCCACGACCCCGUCUACACCUCCACCACCACCCGCGUCCCGCCCUACGGCACCCGCUGGCCCCCCGGCUCCCGGGCGGGGCCCAGCACCACCCGCCGGCCCUUCCCCACCCUGCCGCCGGACGAGGACGAGGCGGACGACCGGCGCCGCUACGCCCCUUUCCCGGGGGACUCGCGGGACUACUCCACCGAGCUGAGCGUCACCGUGGCCGUGGGGGCCUCCUUGCUCUUCCUCAACAUCCUGGCCUUCGCCGCCCUGUACUACAAGCGGGACAAGCGGCACGAGCUGCGGGCGGGCGUCCUGGGCGGCCGGCGCCUCAGCCCCCAGCGCAACGCGGCCAACGACCUGGUGCACGGGGGCCAGGAGGAGGAGCUCAUGUCCCUGCAGCUCAAGCACUCGGAGCACGACGCUCACGACCUGGAGGCGCUGAGACCCCACGAGAUCCUGCGCCCGGCCUGCCCUCCGGACUACACCCUGGCGCUGCGCCGGGCGCCGGACGACGUGCCGCUGAUGACGCCAAACACCAUUACCAUGAUCCCGAGUACCAUUACGGGCAUGCCGGCCCUGCACCCGUUCAACACCUUCCCCACCGGGCACAACAACACCCUGCCCCACCCUCACUCCACCACCCGAGUAUAGCUGCCUCCCCCACCCCAGCCACGGGGAAAUUGGCGGUGACGGGGCAGGGCCCUUCCUCUCUGCCCAGCCGCCCACCCCUGACCACGGGGGCGGGAGGGGUGGGGGGAAAGAAAGGGAGACGCGGCAUCUUUCGUCCGCCACGC